CAAUGGAAAUCCUCUAGGAUCAUCAUCAAACACGGAGGAGAAACAAGAUUCUGAAACAGAAACAGAAGAAAAAUCGACAUCAGUGUCUUCAAGUCAGCUUGAGCCUCAGUCAAAAUUUACUGAUUCUACCUCUGAAGAUGAGAGAGAUGAAAGUGCCUGUUUUCCUUCUGAUCUCUUUAAUUCUUUCAGUUCUGUAGGAGAAAGUUCUGGUGGAUCAGUUCUGUUGGCAGAACCAGGCUUGGUUGAACACAGUUAUGUCCUAGAUCUGCUUGAUUCUGGAGAAGUUAGUCUACAAAAUGAAUGUUCCUCUUCAUAUUUUGUUCAUCUCUCCCCUCUAUCUGGAUCUGGCGGGUCAUGCUGGCAAAGCAAGAUAUUGCUACAUGACUAUGGAGAUACUUUUACAUUUGGGAGCUUAGAACGCUCUUCUGAACUCACAUGGGACGCAGUAUUAAGUCAAAAGAAACAUAUUUGGUCAUCAGCAAUGAGUCGAAGUCCUGUAAAUUUGUCAGUUAGGUCUCCAACUUUGAAAGGUGAGCUGUGGCAACUUUGGGAUGUCAACAGUCAGAAGAAAAUGGCUGAUAUGUGUGCAAGAAACACUGAUACAAAUACUUGCACCUGGAACAGUAUCCUUAGUCUUUCUGUCUAUGCUCCUGACAAGGUUGAAGAGGAAGAAGAAUGGAACAACGAUGAUGAAGUCUUCCUUUCAGAAAUCAUCAAUGAAGAAGAUGCAGUGUUAGGGCUUCAGUUUCUUGAAGAGAUCAAUGGAAUAGGAAAGGGUCCACGAUAUGAAAGAAGCGUUUCGGAGAGUGACUUACAAAGCAUGGCAGACAACCCUUUCCAGGACAUGUCAAAACCAAAUCUAGACAUAAGUUAUGAAUUGAUUCCAUCUGAAAAUUCUGCUUUCCAGGGUGUUGUUCCAAAGCAAUUGCAUCAUGUCAGAAGUGCUCCAAAUCUCCGCUAUAAGUCAUUAGUGUCAAUGGUUCGGGAAGAUGAUCUCCAUCCACCUGGUCUAGCUAGUAUUGAAUCUCCUGUUGAACAUUUGUAUUUCUCUGCUAAAACUCACUUUCGUCCUAUCCAAACCCCUGUUGCAACUCCAGAUGAAGAUGUCGAGUUCCAGCCCAAGGAUCUCUUUGGUGGAAUGUCAGACAACAGUGGAACUCCAUAUCAACAGUUUCUUAGUCCAGGAGAAGAAGAAGAAAGCAACUUUCGGCCCAAAUUUAAAAUACAAAAAGAUUUGGACAAAUAUAUUCAAACUGGGGGAAGUCUAGAUGAAUCAGAUAUUGACUACGAGAGAUUUAGACAGCAACAUUGUGAACAAGCCAAAAACAGUCGAACUGAAUUCAUUGAAGAAAUUGUUGUUGGUUCCGUCUUAGAAGAAAAUCUGGAACCGGACGUCGUAGAUCAAAGUUCAAGCUACCUAGCAGUUGCUGAGCCUGAGAUUGCUGAAACAGACAGCGUCAAGAACCUUUCACUUUCCAAAAGUGUAGGUCCAUCUGUGGAGGACGAAUCUGUACUGCAGUUAUGUACGAGUCUAAGAGACUUGUACAGUGAAAAGAAAGCAGACAAGAGCAGGAAAAUAACAAAACAAAGUCAAGGAGUGGACUCAAAAGUCCCAGAUGAUUCUAAAUGGGAUGGUCAGAAGAUCAAAGAAAUGCAUUUGUCAGAUGUGCAACACUAUCAUGACAUAUGGAGUGCAGGAUAUGAAAUGGACUUGCAUCCUUUCAGUGUUGAUAAUGAGACUUUGUACUUGCCAUGUGCUGUUGAUGAGACACUCUGCAGUUCAGAGGUCACAACAAACGAUGAAGAAAACAAGUCAAAAGAGGAGUCUGACAAAACCGAUGAACUCUACUUAUAUUACUUGGAAAAUUAUCCGGAAUAUGAUUCCUACAUAUUAAGUGCAUCUGAUGUUUGCUCUGGCCCACAGAGUUAUGAAGUGUCUGGUCUGAUGCCAAUCCCACACCAGGCUGUGUACUCGUCAGAUCUUGAGAAGCAGUGGCUUGAGAAAAAGGCCCUCAGUGGAAGGAAUGCCAAAAGGAAAUCACAUAAACUGAAGCUGAGGAGAGAUUCAAUCAAGCGCAAACCCUGCAGUUUUUUCCUGGAGGGUAAUUGUCGACGAUCUGACUGCAAAUUUUCCCAUGACUUAUCCAGCAUCACUUGCAGAUUUUGGGAAGAAGGCCUUUGUUUCAAAGGUUCACUCUGUCCAUUUUACCAUGGUUAUCCAAGUGAUACUGAGACGAGCUUGACUACUGAUGGGAAGAUUGGAGAUAGAUAUGAAUUCAAGAAGGACGAGUUUCCAGAACUUGACAACUUUGGUAAAAGUGUGCAUAAAGAACUACACAGCCAAAAGAUAAAUAGGAAACGACAAGCACACAAAGAAUUCCUGAAGAAAACUUUAUCCAAUCGGAGAAAGAAUAGACCUUCAAAGAAAUUGCAGACCAGGACAGUUCAAGCUAGCAGCUGUUGAAAACACACGAAAGUUUUUCUUUUCCAAUGUUUAAUUUUAAUGAUGUUACACAGAUAAUUGAGGUGCCUUGACAAGAAAACCUUUCCAAAUCAUAUUGAAUUUAUAUCCAUGUUUAAUUAUUGCAACAUAGCCUUUACCUACACUUUUAAAUCAUUGUUCAUCUUUCUCAGGAUCUCUACCUUUCAAGCAAGUUAUUUAACAGCUUUGAGCAGUUGAUUUUGAGGGGUCAGUGUUUUCAGCAUGCAUGGAGCCUUCUUUCAUUUUUCAGAAACUUUCUUCAGAGCAAUGUUCAGGAAAUAGUUACUGUUUCAUACAUCUUUAACCUAUAGACUGAAACAGUAGCUAUUUAGUGCUGAAAUUCCUGUCCACAUUUGCUCCUGAUGUAUGUACAAAUUUAGCCAAAUUGUGUUUGCAGACAGAAAUAGAAUAGAACAGACAACAAAGAAUCAAAGUACCACAAAAUGAUAAGAUCUGUACCUUCAGUUGUACAAAACAGCAUUUUGCUACAAAUCCACACGUUUACAUCCUAUCAUUGCUCUGAAGAAGCCAGUGUACGAAGUCAGUUGCUACUCAGAUAUAGGACUGUAAUAUCUAGUCAAUAUAUUAAUCAUUAGUCAAGAAACCCUCAUAUGAGCCCAAUAUAUACCAUUAA